AUGCGGACUUCUCUCUCCAAUCUUUUGGGCGUUUUCGCUUUAUAUGCUGUUGCACAAACAUCGGGCCGGAGUGCGGAAGCCACGGGAGCCGCCGCGUCUACUCCUGAUUGCCGUUGUUUCCCAGGAGACGCUUGCUGGCCGUCAACACAGAAAUGGAGUCGAUUGAAUUCCACAGUUUCUAGAAGUUGCGAUCCUUUCACUUCUAUUGACAGUCCUUGUCAGGUUGGUGCUUAUGUUCGUUAUGCCAUCAACGUCACUGAGCCGGCCGACAUUAUUGCUGGUAUCAAAUUCGCCGGGAAGAAUAAUGUUCGCCUGGUCAUCCGGAAUACAGGUCAUGAUUACCUUGGUAAAUCCUCUGGACCUGGGUCACUGUCUCUCUGGACCCACCACCUUAAGGAUAUCAAAUACAUCCCUGAUUACAAAUCAGAGGCCUAUUAUGGGCCAGCGCUCAAACUUGGCGCUGGGGUCCAGGGUUCCGAGGCGUAUGCAGCUGCAAACGAGAACGGUGUCGUUGUUGUUGGAGGUUUUUGCCCUUCAGUCGGUAUUGCCGGUGGAUACAUACAAGGUGGUGGCCGUUCAAUAUUGAUGAGCAAGUAUGGUCUCGCGGCUGAUCAGACUCUCGAGUUCGAGGUCGUGACCGGAGAGGGCAAACAUGUCAAGGCAAGCAUGACCGAGAACAGGGACUUGUAUUGGGCCCUCGGCGGUGGUGGUGGAGGUGCCUAUGGUGUUGUUACCUCCGUGAUCGUCAAGGCUCACAAAGAUAUCCCCAUCACCGUCGCACGAUAUUCCUUCAGGGCUGGCGGCACUGACGAUACUUCAAUGGUUAAAUUCUACGACGCUCUUGACUUUCUCCACCAAAUGGCCCCCAAAUACACUGAUCGCGGCGGCUUCAGUAUCAACCUCUACUCUAAGGGAUUCCCCACUUCCGGCUCAUUUUUCGGCCCUGGAUGGACCAAGCAUAACACUGCUACCCUUUUCCAGCCAUUUAUCCAGAAGCUUGACUCCCUUGGUUUGCAACACUCCCUCAACAUCACCGAGUUCCCCUCCUAUUCUGCCGCCUAUGGCUCCACGCCCGAGACCAUACCUAUAGGGACUUUCCAGAAUGGUGGUCGCAUGAUACCGAGAGACACUAUCCUCAACAAGAGGGCCCAGUUCAAUAAAGUUGUCAAGUAUAUAACGCCGUCCUCCCUACUUGGCGCGAUAAUGAAAUUCUUAUUAUUACCACUUCAAUGGUCUCAGAUCCUCAAAGAUCAAGACACCAUCACCAACAACUGGGGCAGGCAGCUACGCGAGUUGGCACCCGAAUCGGGCGCCUAUCUCAACGAAGCUGAUGCCAACGAGCCUAAUUUCCAACGCGAAUUCUAUGGGGAAAACUAUAGCAGACUCCUUUCCAUCAAGAAUAAGUACGAUCCUGCUGGCAUCUUCUAUGCCCUUACGGCCGUGGGAAGUGAUGCCUGGACUCAGAAGCCCGAUGGGAGACUGUAA